AUCUGUGUUGAAUGCAAGUUAAGUCUAUAAUGGAUUGAACCCCACGGGGGCUCAUUUUAUUUAAGGGAUUUGACCUCUCGUGUGCUCUGCAGCGAUGUGUUGUUCUGAGAGCAGUGUGUGUGUGUGUGUGUGUGUGUCACACACGUGUAAUCAGGUGAAAGUGUUGAAACUCACCUGCUCUUCAUGACAUUCCCCCCAGAGCUGCUGCCGCCGCUGCCCAUGCUGUCAAUCACUCUCUGAUCACUACUCACCUAACGCAUGUCCUUGUGUUUCUGUCCCGCCUCCACAGCUGACGGACAAACACAUCAACCAAUCCUGUCAGAGCCCGGCUGUAAACCACCACUACAGUUCCAUCCACAUACAGCCGUCAAAUCCCGCUGUAAAUCCCACUGAUGCUCGGACCCCAGCUGUAAGAAAGUGGCGUGUGCGUCUGCCGAUGAGUCUCCACGUGAGAGCUGCUGCUGCGCUGCUGAUGUGAAAUGGACGAGAGGAGCUUCAUGCGGUCUGAAACACGUCUGUGACGCACCAGAGCCAAUGGAUAUUAAAGGUCAGGUCUGGACUGAUGAGGACUCUGAUGGUGAGAAUGAACCUGAGCAGUUUCUCUACGGCAUUCAGGGGAGCUGUGCGGCUGAUCUCUACCGUCACCCGCAGCUGGACGCUGAUAUUGAGGCUGUAAAAGACAUUUACACAGACAGUGCCGUGUCUGUCAGAGAAUAUGGCACGAUUGAUGAUGUGGACAUCGACCUACAAAUCAACAUCAGCUUUCUGGAUGAGGAGGUGGCGACUGCGUGGAAGGUCAUCCGAACGGAGCCCAUCGUUCUCCGUCUGCGCUUCUCUCUCUCGCAGUACCUGGAUGGACCAGAACCAUCUGUGGACGUGUUCCAGCCGUCCAAUAAAGAGAGCUUCAGUUUGGGUCUUCAGCUGAAGAAGAUCCUCAGCGCGUUCACGGCUCAGCAGUGGAAACAUCUGAGCAAUGAGUUCCUCAAAGCUCAACAGGAGAAGCGACACAGCUGGUUUAAAGCCGGAGGAACCAUCAAGAAGUUCCGCGCCGGACUGAGUAUCUUCUCUCCCAUCCCUAAGUCUCCCAGUUUCCCUCUGAUCCAGGACACGGUGUUGAAAGGCAAACUGAGCGUUCCGGAGCUCAGAGUGACUCGACUCAUGAACCGUUCCAUCUCCUGCACCAUGAAGAACCCUAAAGGAGAGCUGUACAGUUACCCUCCCAACAGUCAGACUGUGGCUGUCCCGGCGGGCAGGGCCCCAGCGCAGAUUACCACCCGACAGCUGAUUGAGUUAUUUUUCUCAUCCCAGGCGGGCGGACAUUGCAAGAACAUCCCCACGCUGGAGUACGGCUUCCUAGUGCAGAUCAUGAAAUACUCCGAGCAGCGUAUCCCCACUCUGAAUGAGUAUUGUGUGGUGUGUGAUGAGCAGCACGUCUUUCAGAACGGAUCCAUGCUGAAGCCUGCGGUGUGCACGAGAGAGCUGUGUGUGUUUUCAUUCUACACACUGGGUGUGAUGUCUGGAGCGGCUGAGGAGGUGGCCACCGGUGCUGAGGUGGUUGAUCUGCUGGUGGCCAUGUGUCGAGCUGCCCUGGAGUCGCCCCGCAAGAGCAUCAUCUUUGAGCCUUACCCGUCUGUGGUCGACCCUACUGACCCCAAAACACUCGCCUUCAACCCCAAGAAGAAGAAUUAUGAGCGUCUACAGAAAGCUCUUGACAGUGUGAUGUCUAUACGAGAGAUGACACAGGGCUCAUAUCUGGAGAUUAAGAAGCAGAUGGAUAAACUGGACCCGUUGGCUCAUCCCUUACUGCAGUGGAUCAUAUCCAGUAACAGGUCUCAUAUCGUGAAGCUUCCUCUCAGUAGGCAGCUGAAGUUCAUGCACACAUCACAUCAGUUUCUGCUGCUCAGCAGUCCGCCGGCCAAAGAAGCUCGGUUCCGCACCGCCAAGAAACUCUACGGCAGCACCUUCGCUUUCCAUGGUUCACACAUUGAGAACUGGCACUCUGUUUUGAGGAACGGACUGGUCAACGCGUCAUACACCAAACUACAGCUGCAUGGAGCAGCGUACGGGAAGGGCAUCUAUCUCAGCCCUAUAUCCAGUAUUUCCUUCGGAUAUUCAGGAAUGGGGAAGGGGCAGCACCGCAUGCCCACUAAAGAUGAGUUAGUCCAGCGAUAUAACCGAAUGAACACGAUGCCGCAGAGUCGACCGAUACAGUCACGCUUCCUCCAGAGCAGGAAUUUAAACUGCAUCGCUCUCUGUGAAGUAAUCACAUCAAAAGACCUGCAGAAACACGGUAAUAUCUGGGUGUGUCCCGUGUCCGAUCACGUCUGCACGCGCUUCUUCUUCGUGUAUGAAGACGGUCAGGUGGGAGACGCGAACAUCAACACACAAGAGCCCAAGAUACAGAAGGAGAUCAUGCGUGUGAUCGGCACACAGAUUUACUCCAGCUGAGGGGAUUACCUGCAGACACGACCAGCAGCCUGAGAGCGGAGGUGAACACGAGAGAAGCGUCUCUCUCUCUCUCUCACCUCGUCCAUCUGUGUUUCUUUACUCCCGUCGUCUUGGUGCCAGACACGGUUUUUCCUCCAGUGUGUGACUGUCAGAAGGACAUGAGAUGAAAGACGCAGGAGCGAAAGGUCAUGCGUUCUUGCGAAAUAAGCCCCGCCCACUGACCUCUCUUUGACUUUUUCCAGAGCUGCUGUCAAUCAAAACCAGGCGAACACCCGACUGGAGGAGACAGUCAGCUGAUGAAGUCGUUGAGUUUCUUUUUGACUCUGAUGGGCAGACUGAAUAUCUGUAAACAUGUAAAUGAUGUUUCUCACAGUGGUAGUACCUGAUGAAUCUCUGUUGUGUUUGUCACGUGACUCAUGACAUGAAUGAAGAUCCAGACACAUUUAUCUCUGAGUUUCGUGCUGAAGUCAAUUUCCUCUCUUCUGCUCUUCAGUCGCUUACAGACGCUCGCUCUGAUUUAUGAUGCAUCAUUACUCAUGUUUACACGUCAUGGUGGACGUCCCGUGAGUGUCUGUGGGUUCGGUCUGGAGACGGGAAGGAUGUGCGAGUUCAACGUCACGUCUGAGAGACAGCAGUUUAAUAUUAUUUCUUCUCUCUCACGUCUUGGACAUUCCUAGUAUUUAAAGCCUUUGAAUAUUUACAGACGAAUCCUGUUGUACGUACACUACAGACUCUUUAUCAUUAUAACUGUUUUUCACACUGUACGCUAUUAGUCGCAAACUCAUUUAAACAGAAGAAUUGAGUCCACGUCUGUUCUGUUAGUGACAGCUCGUCUGGAGCAUCUGAGAGGUCUACGUGUUUUUUUGGAGUCGGGUGUAUGAGACAUGACAGGUUUGUGUGUCGGGGAUGUUUACUGUAAAUAUCAGCAAUGAAUGAUGAAGACCCAAUGAAUAAAGACAGAUUUUGCACAAGGUU